UCUUUGGAAUGUAUUACCAGAUGAGCAUCUCAAAUUAUGGCAUGAUUUUGUUAUGGCUUGCAUCUUGUAUUGUGCUCCUGUCAUCACAGAAGGAAGAGCAGAAGUGGGACACUCGCACAUUUUAAAAUUCUGCAAGGGCUUUGAAAAUCUUUAUGGAAAAGAGAAGGUCACGCCAAACAUGCAUAUGCACACCCACAUUCUCGACUGCAUUUUGGAUUACGGACCUGUAUAUUCGUUUUGGCUAUUCAGUUUUGAGCGGUACAAUGGUCUUUUGGGCGAAAUUGUUACCAAUCAGAGGUCAGUAGAAGUACAGUUAAUGAGAAAGUUUACGUCCGAACAGUUCGUAAGAAACUUGGAGCUGCCAGUUCAAUUUGGUGAUUCGUUUUUACCUAUAUUUGAAAAACUAAAUAUUAAGAACACUGGAACGCUUGCCUCUGAGCUGGAAGACAUGAAAACAAAAGAAGUGAUAGAGACUAGUAUGCUUGCCAUUGGUCCUGUCCGAAAGAACGACUCACGAUGGAGAAUCGAUGAAAGGAAGACUGUGUAUGAACUGCGUUGUCCCUAUUCCUUAGAAAGCUUGGACGCAGAGGAUCUUGCCUUAAUCACAAGGUGUAUAUGGAAAUAUUUGAUGGACUAA